GCCUCCCUCCCUUUCUCCGUGCUUUCAGACAGACUGUUUUGCUGCAGUGAACGGUAGCCGUGGAGAGAGGAAAAGGCAAGAAAAACAAGAAGACAGCGGAGGGCGGAACGAGAACCAAGACAGACAGAUCCAUUGGGACCUUAGCGUGAGCGCCAGCAGGCAUAGACGGGGUCCAACACUCCAGAACCGACGGAGCCGACGGGCAUCACGAGGAGGAGCGCUUAUAACGUCAGCGCUUCGCUGAGCUUCUUCACUUCUCCGGGCCUCGGGAGGACUAUUGGGUUUAACGUGCUGGACGGAUGAGCGGGAUGCGCGCGCGUCAAAGUACGACAUUCCCGGCAUUCCAGCGGGCCGCUCUCAGGGCGCUCGCGGCCUUGACGAUGCUUCUCGCGACCUCCGUUCGGAGCAACUUCGUUUACGAUGAUGACCCCUUCCAACCAGUGACCCAAGAUGAGACGGUGGCCGUGGGUGGGGUGGUGACCCUGACCUGCAGUGUGAAGGAAAAUGAUAACUCCUCUCUCCAGUGGUCAAACACGGCUCAGCAGACCCUGUACUUUGGAGAAAAGAGAGCACUGAGAGAUAACCGUAUCCAGUUGGUAAAGUCCACGGCCACAGAACUGAUAAUCACCAUCUCGGACGUUCAGCUGUCAGAUGAUGGAGAGUACACCUGUUCAAUUUUCACCAUGCCUGUACGGACUGCACGAGCCACAGUUACUGUACUUGGUGUUCCAGGUAAGCCGGUGAUAACAGGUUUUGAAGAUGCUGUUCAAGAGGGUGGCAAGGUUACUCUCACCUGCACGAGUUCAGGCAGCAAACCUCCUGCUAAACUACACUGGUACCGUGAUCAAGAGGAGAUACAAGGGCGUCCUGAUGUAGUGGAGUCCAACCCUGAUGAACCGACUUACACAGUAACCAGCGAGCUCACCCUCACAGUCACCAGGAACGAUAACAACGCUCUGAUCGCCUGUGCGGUGGAUCACCCGUCCAUCGCCAAUGGAGACAAGAGGACAGAGCAGCCCCUCAGCGUCUUGUUUUCUCCAAGCGUGUUAAUUCAUCCUAAGAGUGACCUGCCCAGAGAAGGAGAGAAGUUUUUCCUGCAGUGUGUGGGGAACGGAAAUCCAGAACCGACUGCAUUUGUGUGGCGGAGAAAAGACGGGGAGCUCCCCCCGCUGGCAAAGGUGGAUGGUGCGUUCCUGCACUUCGAAUCUCUCAACAAGUCGGAUAAUGGUGUUUAUGAGUGCCAGGCUGAUAAUGGGAUCGGCAUGGGGGACGUGACGCACACCCUUCUGGUACAAGACCAGCAAGAUUCAGACCUCUUUAUUUUCACCUCAACUCUCCUUUCAUCCUCUGCUUUUCCCACCUUUUCUCCUGAAACUUCCGUUUUACCAACUACUGAAGCGGAAACUCUUCCUCCACCCUCAUCUUCGUCGUCUUCCACUACCGUUCCCACAUCCACUCUUACCUCCUCCUCGACUCUCCCUCCUCUCACUUCUGCUCCUUCCACUCUCCCUCCCUCUCCUGAAAUUCCCACCACCUCUCUUUCCAACGCUCUCUUCCCUGAUCUCACUCUUCUGCCUUCCUCUGUUCCUGCUCGCACCCCUCCCUCACCCCCCUCCUCUUCCUCCCCUGCCACUCCAUCAUCUGUUCCUCGGCUGAAUGGAGUGUACACCUUUACAGAAGCCGGAGUGAACGCUGCAGACCCCACAGCGAUGUCCCCCACCUCAGGAGUAGACCAUGCUGUGAUUGGUGGAGUGGUUGCUGUCAUUGUCUUCAUCAUGCUUUGUCUCCUCAUCGUCCUCGGCAGAUACCUCAUCAGACACAAAGGUACGUACCUGACUCAUGAAGCGAAAGGCUCCGACGAUGCUCCUGAUGCAGACACAGCCAUCAUUAACGCUGAGGGUGGCCACUCUGGGGUGGAUGACAAGAAAGAGUACUUCAUCUAGAGAUCCAUCCCUCCGUACCCUCUUCCUUCACACGCUUCAGUUCACUCAGCCUGACGGGGAAAAACGGGGAUGGCAGAAGAGAGAGGAAAUAUGUGAGGAAAAAAAACAAAACAAGUGUUGACCUGUUUGAACUGAAGGACCUCAAAUAAGCUUCGACACACAGGACAGGGAAGUGAGAGUUACGCACUGGCGCGUGGGCUCAUUUUCACAAAAACACACACACAUACACACACACACACUAUUACUCCAUUACCAUAAUGACGCAAACACACAAGACAUAAACAAUAAAAAGAGGCAAUAUGACAGUGACCACACUUCCUUCCUCUCCCAUCAUUCCUCUCAAAUGGUCCAGAUGUAGUCUGGCACAUGUUGCACAGUGAUAUGUGCAUGCAUGAACUUUCAGGACACACGGUCUGCUCCCAAAUCCACUGAAAGACACAGAGUCGUAACAGGCAUGCAUGCAAACACACCAAACAAGAAGUGUCUUAAACUGAAUACAAAAUUGAAUUUCAACCAUACAACCCGGCAAUAUCACUGACAGACACACACACACAUACAUACACUCAUAUGCAUCACAUGAGUUACACAACAUUACAUACACACAUACACACACAGAGAAUAACCAGGCAAAAACAGCAGCCCCAGCCACCAUUGUGUGGGACCCCCCGAUAUAAAUUUAUAAAUACAUAUAUAUAUGAUUAUAUAGCAUCAUUUUUACUCAGUGUGCUGUAAAUAUAUCCUCCAUCUCUAUCUCUCUCUCUAACCUCACUGUCUGAUAUUGCAGUAUAUACUCUCUGAGCCUGCCUGGUUUUCUUACAUGCGUGGAAAUGCCGAGUUGAUAAAAAAAAAAUAUCUGGACUAUAGAAAAAAAACAUGGUGUUAUGAAAACUUCAGUAAUAUUUGUAUGAAUUACGUUCUCUUCAAGUUUGAUUUCUGGUGUUUACUGUUGGUGCAAACAGUCUAGUGUCAUUUCAUCAACCUGGGAAGAUUAUUCUUAUCAUUAUUAUUACUCUUAUUAUUAUUACGAGGUCCUCGAUCUAAAUGCAUUACAUUGUGCACUGAUGUGUCAUUGUAUCAGGCCCAGUGAUUCGCUCACUCACGCCACCUUCAGGAAUGAAUCUCCUCUGUUCUUAAGUGGCGGGACUCUCAGAAAAAGCAGGGUAACACAAACUACUGCUCUCUUUCUCUCUCUCUUUCUUCCACAAUUCAAUUCAUGUCUGUUCUCCCCCUCCUCUUGCAGUCAUAAAGCUAUCUAGAUUAUUUCUAGACUUUGUAACCACAAUCCAUGGUGACAUUUGGAGGGAGUUUCGGGGUUUAGUCGGUUGCAUCACGCAAUAAACUGAGGCGAUUCUAUUUAAUGAAAACAGUUGGCUAAUCAUCUAAUUUAAUUAAAUCUGGCUUAUUAAAGGUAAUGUGUGUAAUUUUUAGCAGCUUAAAAUCCUUUCUUCUAAUCUUAAUGUGAAUAGACUGUAAAUAAGCCAUUCGUAGGUUGAUUUCCUGUGGCACUAUAAAACACUGCUCUGUUUUUUGAGCAUCCCGACCUCCUGACAUAUAACUUUGGCUCAACCAGUGGCGUGCAGUCUGAUUCAGUUGGCUUAGAAAUUACACACUUUACUUUUAAACAUAUUGUGCUUCAAUUUGUUAUUCAGGAGUAUUGCUUCGCUAUGCGUCCAGCUGACGUUUUCUGACCAGUUGUCAUUUGUAUAUCACUUAUUCCUUUUCAGUAGAUAUUUACAUAGAGGAGAAGGUUGAAACUGUGACUUAAGAAAUGAGUUGUAGUGCUCAUGUGAGCGAUGCAUAUUUGACAUUUUCCCUUAGACUCUUCCCAAUAUUUAUUGUCUUUAAAGAGGACAUCGGAUGCCCAUUUUCCACAAGUUGGUGUGAUGCAAGUCUUUAUGACAUGUCUGUAACAAUUCCUCAAUGGUCGUGUGAAAAAACACCCUUUUUAGCUUGUUGAAAACAGCUCUGUUAACAUUGAUCUGUUUUGAUGCAUGUAUCUUUAAAUGUUAAUGAGCUCUGCUCACCAUGCCCCCUUACAUUUUUUGUGUAUUUAGUGACGCAUUACCAUCAAAAACAAAACUAAACCACUGUGUGGCUCUGAUGUUGGAGAAAAUGAAAAUGUUUGCUUUUACAAGAUACGAGCUACAGCUGCUCAAGUGUGGAAAAAAUGGCGGACAGCGUACAACUGGCUGAGGGGGAGAUAUGCUAAUAAAGAACAGUUUAUCAGUGUUCGUGGGUGGAGCUUAAGCAAUAUGACAUCAUAUUGCUCAGAAAAUCAAAGCGGCUUGAUAAUUGGGGCUGUUUAGGUUUUUUGAGGUUUUAAAAAAACAAGUGAAUGGAUUUUUAGCAUUGUACGUUGGUUGUGUUUGCAAACUGCUAAGACAAAUUCAUAUGCAAACGCUAUGUAAAAGCAAAUUUUGCAUCUGAUGUCCUUUUCAACAUGAUAAAUGGUCAAAAAUCGAACAUUAUUUACAUGGAGAACAAGAUUUUUCCUCUGAACUUGCGAAACUAUGAAACUUAGUCCAGUUCAGUUUGCCUGUAUUUGUAUCCACGUUUUUCCUCAACGCAGAAGUAAGCCUAUGAGUGAGACUUCUGGUUCAUUAUCCGCUAUAGGGAAAUAACAAGAAGAAUAACAAUGUGCAGUAAACAGUUUGCACUACAAACCAGUAUGCUCAUAAUUAAGAUGAUAUGUUAAAUAAUAUGGUAAGACACCCCAGUUUGCAAUAUCAAGCAGCAAAAUGAGCUAAAAAUAGCUGGACUCGAAUGAGACCGGAAGCCACACCCAUAAAAUUUACAAAUUGCCGCGCCCGUUCUUACAGGAAGAAAUUAGAACUCGUUUCAAAGCAGCUUUGCAAAAAUUGCACGUUUCAAUGAUACAGUGUCAUUUGGCCCAAAUGAAAGUGACUCUUAAAUCAUCACAUCUGCCACGUAAAUGUUAGUUUGGGCGUGUUUUUAUUCACGUGGGAUGACAGGGUCAUUUGUUUAAUGCAUAUGUAGGUCACUACUAAGUGGCAACUGACUGAUUACAACCAAAACCCGUCCUCUACCUUCAGAUUCCCCCUCCGCAUACCUCAUUAAUGAGUUUCUGAGACAAGAAGUUACAAUCGAUUGCCACGAGAUGGCGAUAAUGCAUUUCAUUUCCCACACAUCUCAGUCUCUCUUUCUCUGUCCUGUACAAGCA